AUGGGCAGUGAAGAUAGGUGGCAAGGCAUUGCUCUAGCUCCAGUAAAUACAGACAGAGAAGAGGAGAAAUGGAGGAGCUUCAACAACUCAGUGAAUGCAGUUUCUUUAGGUUUUGUAGCAACUGCUAUUCUCAUCUCAAUGUUUCUUGUGAUGGCUAUUUUUGAGAGAUUUUUCAAACCCAGAUCAUCACAGCUGUCCACUUCAGCUCGCAGUACUACAACUACUACUCAUUUGGAUCUUCAGCCACAGAUUACCUACAAUGAUUCCAAGCUUGAUCACCACCACUCUCACAAAGUAAGCUUUUCUUUCCCUUCAAUUGUUAUUACUGCACAGAUGUGA